CACUCUCUGUCUUUCUUAUUUCCGCUGUUUUCUCUACACGCCGCCUCCCUCUAUCUCUCAAAAUCCCGCCCUUUUCUCCCUCUCUUGAUCAUCAUCAUUUAUCAUUUCCCCCCUCUUUUGAUCAUCUUUCUCUAUCCAAAGCAAAAUAAAUUAUAAUUUCAAUCAUGUUGGAUUUAAAAGAGGAACAGCAACCCUGUUCAGUCUCGGAAUCACACAGUAGUAGCAGCGAAUUGCUUAAACGAUGUACGGAUUGUCAAACCACGGCCACUCCUCUCUGGCGAGGCGGCCCCGCCGGUCCCAAGACAUUGUGUAAUGCAUGCGGUAUCAAGUACCACAAGAAAAGAAGGGCGCUUCUAGGACUAGAUAAAUCGAAAAUAGACAAAAACAACAACAAAAAGAAAACCAACAAGAGUUGCGGCGGCGGAAGUAGUAAUAGUAGUGGUAGCAGCAGUAGUAAUGGAAGCGAAAGUCGCCAUGGAAUAACAUCGUUGAAGAUUAAAAUGAUGGCUUCAGGAGGAAUUAGACAAAGUGGUGAGAAAUUAAGAGAUAAAUUAGGUGAAGUCGAACAAGCGGCUAUGCUGUUAAUGGCUUUAUCUUACGGCUCUGUUUAUGCUUAAUAACUGAGAGAUUUUGGUUUCUUAUUCCGAUUUUGCCCCUUCUUCAACCUGACUGGACCAACAACAACAACACAAUCUUACCCUCUCCCCUUAUCUUUAUUUUCAAAUGUCCGCUCCUUUUUCCGAUAUUACCCCUGCCUAAAAUAGGCUUCAAGUUUUGUGGGGUUGUUCUUUAAGAGUUUUAUUUCUCGGAUUUUAUAUUUUAUUUAUUAUUAAUUAUUAUUAUUAGUAAUAGUAGGGCAUUGUUGUAAAAGUAGAUAGAGCGUGGUGUUAUUUUGACAAAUUGGCUAAAUUAAUCAAAGAAUUUUGGCUUGAGUA